AUGGCGUCCUCUAGCUCAAUCAAGCUUCCAUAUCAAGGCCCAGUCCAUGCUUUUACCCAUGCACAGCUGGGCGACCUUAAGGGGAGGUUGAUUGAAUACCCUCAUGUUCCUGGUUCGGCUAUUGUCCAGUUCCGCUCCAUUCCUUAUGCCACAGUACCCAAAAGAUUUCUGCCAUCAGUACCCCUGACCGAGAUCCCAUCUACGUUCGAUAACAGACCUCACAGAGAUUUCACACACUUUGGUGCAGCAUGUCCCCAACCAGGGGCCACAAAGCCAGCCUGGUUUGCUCCACAGGGUGGUAAGCUCCCAGAUGAUGAACUAUUGGACUUCGAUGAGUUCACUUGUCUCACCGUCUCCAUUUCGGUACCUGUAUCUCAAUUGACACAUCAGACGGACAAAGCCUUACCGGUCAUGGUCUACGUCCAUGGGGGUGCCGCACAGGAUGGCUGUGGUCACGUUGAUGGCUUGCACAACAACGGCCCGCUGGCAGCCUUUGCCCACUCGAUUUCCCAACCAGUCAUCAUUGUCAAUAUCGGCUAUCGCUUGAACUGGCUUGGGAGCCUGGUCUGUCAAGACAUGCUCGAGGAAUACACAUUGGACCCAACCAGUCCACAUGGUCCCUUCAAUCUCACCAUCCAGGAUCAAAGAAAUGCAUUUACAUGGAUCCAUAAAUUUAUGGGUGGAUUUGGUGGUGACGCCUCAAAUAUCACUGCUUUUGGCGAGUCUGCUGGGAGCAUAUUUACCCUGUACCACAUCAUAGGGUCGGAUAAAAGAAUGUUCGACCGUGCCAUAUUACAGUCUGGCGUUGUUCUGGGAGAUCUGCCCUUCAUCGCCAAAGAGGCUGAGUAUCAAGCUCUUUUGACAAAGUUCGGCAUUCAAGGCACAACUCCUGCUGAGCGACUUGAUCAACUGCGCAAGGUCGACGCGGCAGCCCUUGCUGACGUCCAAGGCACGCACACCCUCCCCUUCGUUGGUGAUAUCCCUGGGGUAGAAACGCAAAACUCGUUGUUCACCAGAGGCAUCCCGACAGUUGAGAAUCAGUUCGAUCUCGCUCCAGCAAAUGACUGGUUGGGCGAUGUGAUGAUUGGAGACGAUCUCUGGGAAGGUCAAACUAUAUUGGAGCUUCUCAAGCAAUGCGAACCCAAAGUCUUCGUGGGCGCCAUCAUCUCCAUCUUUGGGGAGACAAUUGCCCAGGAACUCCUCGAAACAUACGACAUGCCUCUUUCUGGGGAGAUCGACCCCAACCGCUUCUUACUCCAGUUAUCGUACUUCAUUGGCGACCUACUCUUUUCUGCACCUAUCGACAAGCUUGCAACCACGCUCGCACGAACGUCAUCUUCGGGUGCACGUCGUGAAACAACUCUCAAGCAAAGAACGGUAUAUCGUUACUCCAUCGCCCUCUCCAACCCCUUCGCGGGCAACACACACAGCUUCGCAGCAGGCCACCAUUUCGUGGAGAUUCUCUUCCUCUUUUUGACAUUGCUGGAUCGAUAUCCAACACGUCGAGACAAGUGGCUAGAACGACAAGCACGCGAGACAGCUAGGAGGUGGAUCACCUUUGCGAACGGGAAAGAGCCGUGGGAGGAAUAUCGAGUCAACUCUCUUACUACAGGUGGAAACGAAGCUUCAGAUGACGCGUCGGAAGCAAAGAUUGCAAUCGCAGACGAUUUGCAUGGAUGGACUGUUCGAACACGCUCCGAAGAUGAGCAGGCCAGUAAGGAUGAUCCGUGGGGUGAGAGACGGUAUGCUGGUUGGCGGGCUCUGGAGAAGGCAUUUGACGCACUCAAAUCGGCGAGUGGAAUGCCUGAAGAAAUGCAUGGUGCUUUUGUCAAUGGUGCGAGGCUACAGAUUCUGAAAGCUGCGACGACACCAGGCCCUGAGGCUGCGAUGUAA